CACCGCAAACUUUGCAUCGCGAUCAGCCAUUCCGAUCACCCAACUCCCCAUCGUGUUCCUCUCGAGCUCUCGUCACCAACCUGUCGCCGCCGCCUGCCGUCCGAUGAUCCUCUCUCUCCUGUAGUCACUCAAUCACGUCUUCGACCCCUCGCCGUGCUCUCCGAAUCGGAGGGCCGCCUUGCUUGCCACCGCCGCAACGCAGGCACGACACGAGCCCGGAGAAGCUUCCGACUCCCCCGCCCGUCGAGUCAGAAUCCUCAAUUUCUCACUCAGCGCCGGUGCUCGAUCCGAGGCUCGUGUCGCAGCGAGGCGGUGCAAUUCGUUUUUGUUUUGUUCUAAAUUUAUAAUUUUCCACGAGUUAAUUGAGGGCGCGGGUGUAAUUAUAAAUUUGGAGGGACAUGGACGCGGUGACGUUCGGCGUGGUGGUGGGCAUAGUCGCGCUCCUCUUCGUGCUCGUCCUCGUCGUCACCAUCGAGGGCGUCUGCAAGCGCCCCUCCGCCUCCUGAUUCUGAUUCGCCAGCUCCCCGUAACCCCCCCCCCCCCCCCCACGCGCGGCCCCCCACAAUGCGCCGCCGCAGCCUCGCCGCCCUCCUGCUGCUCCUGGCGGCCGCGCCCGCCCCCGCCGCAGCGCACUCGGACUCCUCCUGCCCCUUCCACGACCACGGCGAGCCGCCGCACGAGCACGGGCACGGGCACAGCUGCGGCGGCGGCGCGGACCACGAGCACCACCACCACCACCAUGCCCACGGCCGCGACGAGAUCCAGCGGCGGCUGCUCCCGGAGGAGAUGGCCGAGGAGGCGGAUCUCGAGCUCGAUUCCUUCGGUUACGACGAGCAUGACCACGGCCACCACCACCACCAUCACGGCCACAGCCACAGCCACGGCCACGGCCACGGCCACGGCGACAUGGAGGCGUCGCCCAUGGGUGUGUGGCUGAGCGCGAUGGGGUGCUCGCUGCUGGUCAGCAUGGCGUCGCUCGUCUGCCUCAUCCUCCUCCCGGUCAUCUUCUUUCAGGGGAAACCAUCGAAGGCCAUGGUGGAUGCACUUGCAGUGUUUGGGGCAGGAGCAAUGCUUGGAGAUUCAUUUCUUCAUCAACUGCCACAUGCUUUUGGUGGGGGGCAUUCUCACUCACAUGAUCAUGAGGGUCACGACCAUGCUCAUGAGCAUGCACAUGCACACUCACUGGAAGAUCUUUCUGUGGGGUUGUCUAUACUAUUUGGCAUUGUACUCUUUUUUAUUGUUGAGAAGAUUGUGAGGUAUGUUGAAGACAAUUCUCAAAAUGGGGCACAUAGCAUGGGUCAUGGGCACCACCAUCACCAUCAUAAACGGCAUGAUUCUAGUGAUAAGGGCAAAUUGAAUCAUCAAAAGAGUGAUGACGACGGUAAAGAGAUCAAUCAAACUGACGAGGAACCUUUGGUUGAUGGCACGACUGCAAAAGCAACUACUAUCCGCAAGAGAAGCUCUUCUGCUAGUUCCAAAGCCACUGAUGGAGAGCACGCCAAUUCUGAAAAUGACCCUGCCCCUGAUAAAGCAUUAUCAAGUGAUGGUUCAUACAUUUCAAACUCUAAUUUGGUGUUUGGCUACCUCAACCUUUUCUCAGAUGGUGUUCAUAACUUCACUGAUGGGAUGGCUCUUGGGAGUGCAUUUUUGCUACAUGGUUCCGUUGGUGGCUGGUCCAGGACUUUAUUCCUGCUUGCACAUGAACUUCCCCAAGAGGUUGGAGAUUUUGGAAUCCUUGUGCGAUCAGGAUUCACGGUGUCUAAGGCCUUAUUUUUCAAUUUUCUCUCUGCAUUGGUUGCUCUUGCUGGAACAGCACUAGCAUUGUCUUUGGGUAAAGAUCCAGGGCAUUCUUCCCUGAUUGAGGGUUUCACUGCCGGUGGUUUCAUUUACAUUGCUGUGGCGGGAGUCCUUCCACAGAUGAACGACCAGAAAACAACCCUCCAAAGCUCAAUAGUUCAGUUGAUUUCCCUGGCGAUGGGGAUGCUGGUCGCUCUAGGCAUUUCUCUGGUAGAAUGAUCUGAACCUCCAGUUCACCAGUUGCAGCUUUAGGUCUCACAGCAGUUACUCCAAUCCGGUAUAAUUCUUGAACAGCUCCAGGCUGGAAGACGGGAGCUCUAAGUCUGAAAACCUGAUAUAAAUUUUGACAUCUGAUUAUAGAUUCACCUGCAUGGUCGGCAGUUUCUUGUUCAGGAAUUAGGAGAAACACAAGUGCCAUAAUAAAUCACAACAGGAUUACAAUCCUUGC